GAUACUCGCUAACAGCACUUACCACAACAGUCUGUUCAAGUUUAUACGGGGGAAAAUUAGUUAUCCCAUGCGGGAUCAGGCGAAGAACAUUUACACAACUCUCUGCAGAAAAGCGCCCAGAUCCGGAAUUGAAAUCAAAGUGAGUGUAUAAACACCUUACAAUGGGGGAAGGGGAUCGUGAGCGAGUUGCGACCCGGGGGUCAGUGAUUCAGUGAUCGAGCUGGUGGAGGAGGGGGAUGAGGAUGUUUAAAAGGCGCGGCAGUUAACAGACGCGAAAUCUUUCAGCUACGUUCUAAGAGAAAGAUGCGCACGAGGAAAAACAAGCUCAGCCUUCUGCUGCUGCUGCUCGCCAGUGCGGGUCUCAUCAUAGCCCAGGAUGACGAAGGAACCACAUUACUGCUUGACGACAAACAUCGAGCAAUCAAAGUCAACCCCCAGCAGAGUCGCAUCGUCAAUGGCGAGGAGGCAACACCCAACAGCUGGCCCUGGCAGAUCCUGCUGUUAUCGUAUUCCAAUCAAGCUGGUUCCAAUGCUUCAAACUACAGUUGCGGAGGCAUCCUCAUCAACAGCGAAUGGGUGAUGACUGCAGCCCAUUGCAUAUAUGCUAAUUACUCCGAGUUCGUGUAUCUGGCCAAACACAAUUAUACAAGUCCUAAAGACGGACAAAUCUGUUUGCAAAGCAAGAAAAUAUAUGUCCAUCCGACGUGGAAUGGAAAUACAUCGGACGGGUUUGAUAUCGCGCUCAUUCAGCUGAAUGAGUCGGUGCAGCUCACCAACAAGAUCCAACCUGCUUCUCUGCCCUACCCGGGACAAAUCCUCGCCAAUGAUGCCGAGUGCUACGCUACCGGCUGGGGAAAAUCAAUUUUUUCAGGCCCAGCCUCCAACACUCUGCAGCAAGUGCGGCUUCCAGUCGUCAACUACACUACGUGCAGCAGCACCGGGUGGUGGGGAGCCAAGGUUAAGCCCAGCAUGAUUUGUGCGGGGGACAGCCUUCACGCCGUCUGCGAAGGCGACUCGGGUGGUCCACUGAACUGCAACACGAGUGGAGGGUGGGUUGUUCACGGCAUCUCGAGCUUCGUGUCUAGGGAGAGCUGCAACAUGACCAACAAGCCCAGCGUGUUCACGCGCGUGUCCGAAUACAGCACGUGGAUUUCAUCCAUCACCAGGAUGCAGUUCUCCACAACGAAUGCGUAUUCGUCUACUCCGAAGAUGUUGGUGUCUGCUCAGCUCCUCAUGUUGCUCCUGCUGGCCCAGGUGUUCGUGUAGCAGACUGGCGUUGAAGAAGCCUGGUUUUUAUUUUGGUGCAAAAUCCUUUAACUUCAACCCACUUUUUGCUGCUGCACAAAAUCAAAUAUUUGUUCGCAGUCGGAAUUGUGUUCUCAUAUCUGUGGGUGUAGCACCCAGUUCCUACCGAUUGUCACGGAGUGGAAUAAUUUGUCAAACGGGGUGUGUGAGGGUCUAAUGUAUGAGGAGGGUGCACGCAAGACCAAAAGCCUUUUAUCUCAUACAGAAAACAUAAAUAAAUCAUGAUAAUAGGGCUUUCCGUUUUUUUUUCUGGCAACAGGUGUUAAGAUGUUAAAACACCAAACUGAAACGAUUUAAAAGGAAUCACGUCUGCACUUACCACAAUGCUUGUGGUAAGAAUGCAAAAAAAACAUACUCCGAUAAUAUAUGCAUUGUCCUUGAAACUGAUUGGUCCACACCAGAGACAGCUUUCUUUUAAGCCUCGUCUCAAACGGUGUUAGACCAGAGAACGCCAAAAGGAGGUCCCAUUAUAUAAAUAAACCAAGCAUGAACUAUAGCAAUCAAGAACACCACAAGGCAACAAUUGUAUUACCUUGAGAGAUUCCAAUAUAUGCACGACAGAAGCACAUCAAUACAGAAGGGCAGUGACGCGACUUCAUUGGAGAUUUAUGUUUUGGGGCACUGUCUCUGUAACUUGUAGGUAGUUCCUAUCGCAUUCGUAUUGGCAGGAGUGGAGUGGGUUUUCGGGAGUCCAGAAGAUUAGCAGGAAGUCCGAUGGCCCUCUCCCUGUCAAGAGAGAGCACUCUUGAAGCCCUCUAUCACGGCCUAAUGGCCCGUGAUGAUGCUGUCGGCCUUCCAUUGCCUAUCUCUUAUGAAUAGGGGCGCCGCGGUGCAUAUAAUGCUAUCUCUCUCGCCCGGUAUACAGGGUGUCGUGGGUUCGAUCGCGACCCUAACGUCUGUUUAUUUGGAGUUUGCAUGGACUCCCCAUGGUCGCGUGGAUUCUUCUCUGGGUUCUCCGUUUUUUUUCUAUUCACAUUUAGAAACAUGCUUUUAGAGUAUUUGGCUGCAUAAAUUUCUACGUGAUAAUCCACUUUAUUGAGCUAUCGUUUAUGGCCAAGUUGCUUAUGAAAAGAGCUACAUAGCUCAGUGGGAUUUACCUGGUAAUUAAAAUAACUUUUAGUUCAGUUUAAUAGUUAUCCAGAACAAAAACACAUGCAUAGGACAGAGCCCCAUUACACCCAAUAACGUGCAUAUUUCACAGUGACGUUAAGCCGACUACUUUCUGCAAUUAUCCCCAGAUAAUAGCUGAUGGGAAUCACUUUCCAAUUUAAUCUACAUACCAACAGAUUAACACCACUUCUGCUAAGUAGCAAUAUUCACCGAAGAUAAACAUCUCACAAUC